AUGAAGCACUCCGGCGCCGUUCAGCGACCUCCGCUGCCACUCCAGCAUGCAAACCCCCAUCUUAACCAGAUGGAUCCUUCUAAACCUCCGCCCGUGAAGUUCCAGGAGAUCGUUCGCGAUGGACUGGCGACGAUCGUUGGUCGCCUGAAGAUCCAGACGCCCUCCGGACACGCGUUCAUCCUCCGCCGCCUCGAUACAGGCGCGGUCAGCCUCACCACCAUGUUCCGCGCCGCCUUCCCCAACGCGAGCGACGAUAGCGAGAAGCUCGAGGCCAACUGGGUCCGUGCCUCCUUCGACCUCAGCGGCACGAACAAGGGUGGCCGCUCGCGCUUCGCCGGGACGUGGGUCACGCCCGACAUCGCCGUCCAGCUCGCGGAAGACUACAACCUCAGCGGUGUCAUCCCCGUCCUUGCCAGGGCCGAGCCGGACCCGACCGUCGUCUACCGCCGCUCCACGCGCGCACAGCAGCCCACGCCCGAGCAGUCUCCCGCCGCAGGCAAGGAGCCCGGCCCUGCACCCGCGAAGAAGCGCAGAGAGGCCUCGCCGGCGACGCCUGCGUCUAAACACACACCCGCGUCCGUGCCCACCCCCGUCGCCGCGCCAGCUGCGGUUGCGCCCACUGUACCUACGCCACCUCCGUCAACCACCCGGCAAACUGAGACACCGUCCAGGCGGUCGACCCGGCAUAAGAGCCCUGCUCCGCCUCCCUCCGCGCCCCUGCCGACUCGGACGCCGCGGAGCGCACGCAGCACCCGCAAGACCACUGCGACGCCUGCGGCCAUCAAGGAGGAGUUGUCCUACGAAGUCACCGAGACGAUAGUCGACCCCGUCGCGCAGAAGCUCGCAGACGAAGUGAUGGAGGAGGACAUCCGCGAGCAGAAGGCGCUCAUCGCGCGCCUCAAGGCGGGCCGCGAGGAGCAGCGUGUGCGGCGCGCCGCCGAGCCGGAGGAGGAAGAUGAAGAAGAGUCAGAGCCCGAGUCUGGCGCGGAGCAACAGGAGGUGUCGCCUGCCAAGCCCGCGAGCAAGCGGCCGCGCGACGACGGGGAGCUCAAGUUUGACUUCAAGGAGCCCUCGGGCGAAGUUGGCGAACGUGCCAUUGCGACGAACCGCAGGGUCUCCAUGCUCGCGAACAUCCCUCCGGAACGCAAGUCCCUUGCUUGGGGCGCCCUCGCGUUCGCCGUGGGGUGGGGAGCUAUCAAUUUUCUGCCCACGGUGCAGAACUAUCUAUCGAUAUAG